AAAUAACUUUUUUUUACUCUAAAAGAAAGAAAGGAAAAAAAAAAAAUCCCCUCGAACCAUAGCCGUCCGCGCCUCGCGCCCUCGCUCCCUUCUCGGCCGUCGGGUCUAGGCGGGAGCCCGGGGUGGCCGCUCCGCCGAGCCCCGGGCCGCCCCGGGCCACCCCCAACCACCCCAUCCCCUCGUCCGCCGCCCCCAUGCAUCCCUUCUACACCCGGGCCGCCACCAUGAUAGGCGAGAUCGCCGCCGCGGUGUCCUUCAUCUCCAAGUUCCUCCGCACCAAGGGGCUCACGAGCGAGCGGCAGCUGCAGACCUUCAGCCAGAGCCUGCAGGAACUGCUGGCAGAACAUUACAAACAUCACUGGUUCCCAGAAAAGCCGUGCAAGGGAUCAGGUUACCGCUGCAUCCGCAUCAACCAUAAGAUGGACCCUCUGAUUGGACAGGCAGCCCAGCGGAUUGGACUUAGCAGUCAAGAGUUGUUCAGGCUUCUCCCAAGCGAACUCACACUCUGGGUGGACCCCUACGAAGUGUCCUACCGGAUUGGAGAGGACGGCUCCAUCUGUGUGCUGUACGAAGCCUCGCCAGCAGGAGGUAGCACUCCGAACACCAGCGGGAACGUGCAAAUGGUAGACAGCAGAAUCAGCUGUAAGGAGGAACUUCUCUUGGGCAGAACAAGCCCUUCCAAAAACUACAAUAUGAUGACUGUAUCAGGUUAAGACACAGUCUAUGGAUGGAUCAUCUUAUAAUGGAUGGAUAAAUUUGAUUUUUUGCUUUGGGUGGGCUCCUCUUGGGGAUGGAUUAUGGAAUUUAAACCAUGUCACAGCUGUGAAGAUCUGGCACAAGAUAGAGUGGUAAUAAUUCUUUUUUUUUUUU